CCCGGCUGCUGACCCUGCCUCCAUAAAAACUCGGGGAUGGCAUUCCCGGCAGGAGGAGGAGAGCCAGCUCCAUCAUGAGGGUGGCUCUGGCGCUGCUGCCGCUCCUGGCCGCUGCACAGGCGUUACACCGAGGGAAAGCUUAUGUCCGGGAGAAAGUCUGCCAGGAGUACAAGAUCCUGGGAAAGGAGAACUUCAGAACCAUGACCAUCGUUGCCAACAGCCGCAAAUAUUCCAACGGCACCUUCGAGGAGAUCAGCAGCCUCGUGCGGGAAAUCGUCUCCCUGGCCGAGACGUGCUGCGCCGACGGCGCUGACCCCUCCUGCUACGACAACGGGUCCACGGCGCUGUCGGAGAAAUCCUGCAGCGCGGGCUCGCCCUUCCCGGCGCAUCCCGGCGCGGCGGAGUGCUGCGCGCGGCAGGGCCUGGAGCGCAAGCUGUGCCUGGCAGCGCUGCGGCACCCGGCCCCGCCGGGGCUGCCCCGCUACCUGCAGCCCUCCGACCGGGAGCUCUGCCUCUCCUUCCGCGCGGACCCCCGGGAAUUUGCCGACAGGUUUCUCUAUGAGUACUCCAGCAGCUACAGCCAGGCUCCCCUGCCCGUGCUCCUGGCCUCCACCACCUCCUUCCUCUCCAUGGUCUCCACCUGCUGCAUCUCCCCUGCGCCCGCUGCCUGCUUCCUGAAGGAGGUGAGACCCGCUGGAGCGCCCGUGCUCGCUGCCCCGCUCCUCACGGCGCUCAUUCCCAUUCCCAUUCUCUUUUUGCGGCAGAAACUGGAGAGGAAAACCCUCUCCCUACUCACCCUGACGUCAAACCGGAUUUGCUCCCGCUUCUCGGCCUACGGCAAGGACAAAGUCAGCUUCAGGUACGGCGGGAAAUGGCCUCUCCAUCCUGGCACGGGGGCAGGGCUCCUCUCUCCUGCUGCAGACCCUGUCGGCAGGCAGCAUUCAGGAACACAAGCUUUGAUUCUGGUGCACAGGAGCAGAGCCAGCCCUGCCCUCCCCAUCCCCUCCCUCCCUCCCCCCGGCUCGGAGCUGUUUCCUGGGAAGCUGCUGGAUGUUCCCAGCUCCCAGCCCCACGCACCCUGUGCUCCCCAGCUACCUGGCCUCGCUGGCCCAGAAGGUUCCCACUGCUCCCUUCGAGGACCUCCUGCCCCUGGCCGAGGACGCUGCCGAGGUGUCCUCCCGGUGCUGCGACUCCCUGGCCGAGGACUGCAUGCAGAAGAAGGUAGGGAGGGCUGGAGCCCAGCCCGGAGCAGCUCCCGGCUGCCAGCAGGAGCUCGGGGAGCUCAGAGCACCUGCCCAGGCCCUGCUCCCUCUCUGCAGCUCCUGGAGCACACGGCCAAAGUCUGCGCGGCGCUGGCGGCCCGCGACGCGCGCUUCGCCGGCUGCUGCAAGGGGAAGAACCUGAUGGAAAACCAUUUCUGCAUCCUGGCCAUGCUCCCAGCGCCGGCUCCCGAGCUGCCGGAGCCGCCCGAGCCCACCAACAAGGAGCUGUGCGCCAAGGACGGGGCUCUCCAUGCCACCAGGUUCCUGUUUGAGCUGGCCCGCAGGCACCCCAACCUCCCCGACGCCGUCCUCGCCAAGCUCUACGACUCCUCCGGGAAGCUCCGCGGGGAAUGCUGCUCCUCCAAGGACCCCUCCGCCUGCUGGGACAGCAAGCGCCGGCGGAUAGAGGCAGAGCUCUUCCCCUUCCUGCAAAAAGCCAACCAGCUCUGCGGGCAGCACAACCAGCUGCCUUUCCUUGACUUCAAGAAGAGGCUGCGGGACAGCCUGGCACAGGCCGAGCCCCGGCCCGGCCCGGAGCAGCUGGAGCAGCUCCUGGAGCAGCGAGCAUCCUUCGCCUCCACCUGCUGCCUGCCGGCCGCUCCGCCGCUGCUCUGCGCUUCCAAGGUCAGCUCGGAGCUGGGGGAGCUGUGCCAGAAGGGCUCCUGCCUGCUGGGAUAGCGGCCCCUUGUCCAAGGAUGGCGCACGGAUGGAGGGGAGAGCCCUGGGGGGCACGGGAAGGGGCUGGAGGAGGCCCGGCAGGCGGGAGGUGUCGCCGAGCCGGCGCCUUGUAUUCCUGCAGCCGAAAUAAAGACAAGGAAUGUUCUCCUGCAGCCGAAAUAAAGACAAGGAAUGUGCCCUGCGGGAAGGCUUUGUGCACCCUCGGGGCGGCGCGGGGGGGGUGGGAGAGGGGCACAGCUUCUCCUCCGCGGGCAGGAAGGGAUCCCAGCCCUGACCCUGGGAGAUAAAGCCCUAAAAACUAAGCGAAAGCAGGGAAAAGACUCCUCAAAUGCCCCCAAGGAGAGCAGCCCGUGGGUGUUGGGGUAU